CUCCCCACCCCUCCCCCGCCCUCCAGUCCCUCUGGGACUACUGCGCCGAGUGGCUUGGAACGCGGCAGUGGCAGCGGCGCACUUUCCCGGACUGUGGCUGGAGCAGCGCUGUGGUGCACGCGCGGCGGGGCCCCUCGAGCCCCGGGGACCGGUGGACUGAGGGAGAGCGGGAGGGAAUCCCGGGCUGCGGUGCUGCGCCGGCGGGGAAGCCCUUCGGUUCCCUGUGAGCCGAGCAAGUGGGGCGUGGGUCUCCCGAGACCGCCACUGGCCCCUCGGCCCUGAAGGGACCGCGCAGGGCGCGCCCCCCGAAGGCAUCCCCCGGGCCCGCGGCCCUGACUUGGCCCCGCGCGGCGGGCGCGGGGCAGCUCAGAGGGAGGAAGCAAGAGGGGCCGCCCUCCCCUCGGAGUUGAGAGCGCCUUCCCCGGGUCCAAAAUGCCCAAGAAGAAGCCGACGCCCAUCCAGCUGAACCCGGCCCCCGACGGCUCCGCGGUUAAUGGGACCAGCUCGGCGGAGACCAACCUGGAGGCCUUGCAAAAGAAGCUGGAGGAGCUGGAGCUCGAUGAACAGCAGCGGAAGCGCCUUGAGGCCUUCCUUACCCAGAAGCAGAAGGUGGGAGAACUGAAGGAUGACGACUUUGAGAAGAUCAGUGAGCUGGGUGCUGGCAAUGGAGGUGUGGUGUUCAAGGUCUCCCACAAGCCGUCCGGUCUGGUUAUGGCCAGAAAGCUAAUUCACCUGGAGAUCAAACCUGCAAUCCGGAACCAGAUCAUACGGGAGCUGCAGGUUCUACAUGAGUGCAACUCCCCUUACAUUGUGGGCUUCUACGGUGCAUUCUACAGUGAUGGCGAGAUCAGUAUCUGCAUGGAGCACAUGGAUGGGGGUUCCUUGGAUCAAGUCCUGAAGAAAGCUGGAAGAAUUCCUGAACAAAUUUUAGGAAAAGUUAGCAUUGCUGUAAUAAAAGGCCUGACAUACCUGAGGGAGAAGCACAAGAUUAUGCACAGAGAUGUCAAGCCUUCCAACAUCCUAGUGAACUCCCGUGGGGAGAUCAAGCUCUGUGACUUUGGGGUCAGCGGGCAGCUCAUCGACUCCAUGGCCAACUCCUUCGUGGGCACAAGGUCCUACAUGUCGCCAGAAAGACUCCAGGGGACUCAUUACUCGGUGCAGUCGGACAUCUGGAGCAUGGGGCUCUCUCUGGUUGAGAUGGCGGUCGGGAGGUAUCCCAUCCCUCCUCCAGAUGCCAAGGAGCUGGAGCUGAUGUUUGGGUGCCAGGUGGAGGGAGAUGCGGCUGAGACACCGCCCCGGCCAAGGACUCCCGGAAGGCCCCUCAGCUCUUAUGGAAUGGACAGCCGACCUCCCAUGGCAAUUUUUGAGUUGUUGGAUUACAUAGUCAAUGAGCCUCCUCCAAAGUUGCCCAGUGGAGUAUUCAGUCUGGAAUUUCAAGAUUUUGUGAAUAAAUGCUUAAUAAAAAACCCUGCAGAGAGAGCAGAUUUGAAGCAACUCAUGGUUCAUGCUUUUAUCAAGAGAUCUGAUGCUGAGGAAGUGGAUUUUGCAGGUUGGCUCUGCUCCACCAUCGGCCUUAACCAGCCCAGCACACCCACCCACGCGGCUGGCAUCUAAGCAUUGGGGAAGCAGCCGAGUCCCCUGCGCAGUGGCAUGCCAUGUUGCUUCUGGGCCUCCUUCCCAUGCCUGUCUCUGUUCAGAUGUGCAUUUCACCUACGACAAAGGAUGAAGAACACAGCAUGUGCCAAAAUUCUACUCGUGUCAUUUUCAAUAUUAUCAUCUUUAUUCUUAUUACUAUUGUUAUUCCCCUAAGUGGACUGGCUUUGUGCUUGGGGCUAUUUUUGUGUAUGCUGAUGAUCAAAACGUGCAAUGUUGAACUACAGUGAAACUUUGGUGACUGUUGGGUAGUCAUUCUUACUGAAAACUGCACUGCUCUCCCACACCGUGACUGGCUGGCUGCCUGUAUUUUCGGGAUUCUUUGACACUUGGUGGUACUUCAUUCUUGCCAGGCUUACCUUCUUUCCAACUGAGUAGGAAGGGGCCUUGUAAGAUCCUUCACAGGCAGUGCAUGUGAAGCAUGCUUUGCUGCUAUGAAAAUGAGCAUCAGAAAGUGUAUAUCAUGUUAUUUCAUUAUGUUUUUGCUUUUAGUGUAGAAUUCAGCAAUUU